AUGAACAAAUAAAAAUCAGCUAAUGAUCAUAAUAAUUGUGAUACAAUUAAUGGGGGUAGCUAUGUAUCAAUAUCAGAUAACAAUAUAAGUUAGAACCGUAUUUAAUCUAAUAAUCCUCAUCACCAGCAUAGACUACUUGUUCUCCAAAAUCAAAGUGCUUCGAGUAGUUAAAAGGGUUCUCUAGACAAAAAAGCAGAUAAUUUACAUCAGAAUUAUAAUGAAAAUACAGUUCUUAGCUUUUAGUAGUAUAACUAGGGAAUUAGCUAAAAGUCUCCAAAGAAGUUGAUUGAUAGUGAUUACUUAAACUCACAAGAGAAUCCAAUUAAUUCUUAAGAUGAAAUAUAUUACUUUUCUAAAAAUGUAAAUGCAACAAAGAAUGUUAAUUAGAAUCGUCACAAAACCCCUUACUAAAGAAUUUACGUUGAAUAACAAUCUAUCUAAAAGCAGUCUAUUUAAAAUAACUAAAAUAGUUUAGGGAUUCAGUCAAGCAGCUAAAAUAUAUAAAAUGGGAAUAAUAAUUACAGAUUUAGCUCACAAAAUAAAAAAGAAUAAACUCCAAAAAAUAAAAUAUCUAUUGAGGAAGGAAAUACAUAGUAUAAAAGCAAUAAUAGGUCUGCUAUUCGUGAUUUAUCGAAUGAAGGAUAUUAUAAAAACUCAGAUGACUAGAAGAUUAAUAAAAUUUAUGGGGAUUCGAAUGGAAAAUAAAAUAAUAUUGCUGUGAGAGAGUAGCUCAAUAACAUUUUACAAUAGUAAAAUAGCUCAAUUAUCAAAAAACUAAAUGGAAACAGACAUAAUAGUCAAGUUAAUGCUUAUCCAAAUUAAGAAACUGUUAACCAAAAUUAAAUAUUUAACAUACGAUAAAUAAAGAAGAAGUCAUCAAUAUCUAUGAACGAAUCAUAGCUCGCGAGUGGUGCAUAAGGAGGAGGAUCUGGAAACAUCGUAGCAACUAAUGGAUAAAAUUCACAAGUAAUUAUUUAGAAUAAUAUUAAGGAUAGGGAUGGAAGUGGUGGUAAAAUAACCAACCAAUAAAAUUCUAUGUGCAAGUAUGAUUCGAUUCGAAAUAUGCACAAUAAUUCGUAAGAUAACUCGUAGCAGAAUAUCUAGAAUAACAACAAUAAAAAUAACUCAUCAAUAUAUUAAUAUCAGCCCGAAAACUAGAUCUUUCAAGUAAAUAUAUACAACAAUUAAGAACGCUAAGAGAGGAUCUAGCAAGUUUAUUUAGGGAACAAAUUAAAUUUAACAAAAAAAUAAAUGUCACCUUAAAAAGAUGUUCAUUCGAUUCAAUAUGAAACAAUAGAUGUAAAUAAUAAAAGGAAAGCUAAAUCCACAUAAAGAUAGCAAAGUAUCCUGAGGGAAAGAAAAUAAAAUAGUAACACAAUUAAUUUUGUUCAUUUGAAUUAAUCUGGAGGAAGUGCUAAUAGCGGAUUUGGAAGUAACAAUAAUUUAAGUCUCUACAGUUUAAAUUAAAACCAAUAAAAUAACAUUUGCAUUAAUAGUAAUCACAAUAAUUUAUCUUAUGAGAGUUGUUAUUCAAGCUAAAAUGCAAAUAAAUUCUACUUUAGAAGCAAAAAUAAUCAAACUGGUAGUGGUGCUUAAUCAAAUCAAAUAUAAAAUAGUAUUGUUGGGUGUUUGCCCUCCACUUGCUAAUAAAAUUCAUCUUAAAUAGCUCAGACAAGUAAUUAAAUACCUCCUUCAAGAAGGUAGCUUCCUCAAAUAAAAGACACAUACAAUACAAUAGAUAACUCAGCAACAAACCCUUCCAGCUCACUUUACAGAGCUAAAAAUGUAAUUAGAAUAAAUGGGAGUGUUGCAGAUAAAACAUAUACAAAUAGGACUUUAGAUGCUCAGCCUCUAAGUUCCACAAGUAAAUAAGAUAAAACUAAUAAAAUUGUGAUAACGACAAUAAAUAAUGAUAAAAAAUGUGGAACUUUAAAUGAUAAAUCAAAUCCAAUUAUAAAUACCAACACUAAUAAAACUUUUAAUAGAAAAAACUAGUUAAAUGAUACAUAAUUAUAUAAAUAAAUUCAAUAAUUAAAUAACAAUGAUAGUCUCAAUGAAAAUACUUAGAAUAAAAUUAAUUCGAGAUCGUAAUCAAUAAGAAGAGGCAGAUUUUAAAAUUCUCACAAUCAAUAGAAUGCGAUUACUUAAAAUAAAGUUAACAGCUAGAAAGAAAAUUUCCCAAGCCAUUAUUAGCAACAAUAAGCAAUUCUUACAAAUAAUCUUUAACUUUAGAGUUGUAAACACCGAGAUGAGUAGUCAUCUGUAGUCAGACAAAAAUUUACAAGUAAGAAUGAGUAAUCAAAGAUGAUAAUCAUAAACCAGUAAGAAAAUCAUCAAUUUAAUCUAUAAGAUAUUGUUGACGCACCAGUACCUUAAAAAUAAGAAAAUAUAAAAAUUUAGCCUACUGAUGAAUAGAGAUAUAAAGGCUACAACACAAUUUCUAUUGAAGAUUAAAAAAGGUGUGCUUCUCAAACAGAAAAUAGACCAGAGAGUUAAGUUUAAAAAGAGAAAUAAAACUUUUAUAAGCAAUCUUAUGCAAUUGAGAAAAUUUAACAUUUAAAAUCAAUAGAAACUGGUGAUUUAAUUCCAACAACAAAUAAAAUUAAUUUUGAAAGAAAUGCUGCAAAUCCUAUACACUCACCUAUUUUGAACAGGGAUAGCUCUCCUGUACCUUAGGUUCACACACCAACAAAGAAAAGAAUAAAAAAUCAAAAUUAGCUUAACUAAAAGAUAGAAUUUUUCCCUUAGCCUCCACCACCUCCUCCUGUGCUGAGCAGCCAAAAUUAGUAAUAAAAUUAGAGUAAGGCAAAGUAUGGCUAGAUAAUACAAAAAUAUUAAAGAGGAAAUAUAGUCAAGCCAAAGAUUUAAAAUGCUAAUACAAUAUACACAAAUCAAAGUAGCUAAUAAAACUAACAAUAACAAUAAGAUAAUCAAUACAGUACCAUAAACCCGAAUUCUGUCGGUUUUAUUAAUAAACACGCUUCAUAAGUAAGUACAAACAUAGCAUUUUCUUCUAAUCACUGUGAAGAUAUCUAAGAACUUAAGUUUAAUAAAAAUUAUGCAAAUGAUGAAAGCAAAAAUAUAUUUCUAAAUGACAAAACUGCCAUAGACUAAACUGAAGAGUCGAUGGAUAAUUUAGUAAAAUCCCUUUAAGAUGAAGUUUAUUAAGAAAUAAAAGAUCAAGAGAAAGAGCCUGCAAAUUAGCAAAUGCAUCUUUAAUCCCUUGAGAAUUCCUUUUACAAUUAUUUUGCAUCUAACAAUCAGAACAAUAAAUCCUAAAGUAACUAUACAAGUAACUAAAUGAAUUAAUAAACUAAUUUAGAUGCAGUAAAACUAGAAAUGAAUAAAUAAUACUCAAAUGAGCCAGAAAAACCUACAGUUAACUUGUAAAAAAAUAGCUAUAAUAAGAUUACAGAAAAAAACGAAGAUUAAGCUUCAUCUAAAGCAGAAGAAGUUAGAAAAGAUGACUUUAUAUUCUCUACUCUUGAUGCUUUUAAUAGAGAAAGGAAGGGAAGCAAAGCAGCAAAAAUAAUAAUUGAUUUCGAUAUGGAUGAUGAUAACGAGAUAGUUUUAAAUAAUUAAUAAAAUGACAAUGAAAUAGUUUGCAGUGAUACACUAAAAGAAAAGGAUAAAUAGUAAAUAGUUGAUAAUCCAAAAAGCGAAGAGCUUGAUUUUAAAAUUAAUUUGUAAAAUUCUCAUAAAAAUUUAAUUGAAGAGCCUAUUGAUAGUGGUAGAAAUUCUCCAUAAGUGUCAAAAGUAUCUACAGCAAUAAAACCUUUAUACUAUAAAUACAAUAAUUCUUUUCACUAAAUUUAAUAAACGCCAGAUGAUACAGAUAUCAAUGACAUAGAAAAUAAUCAGCCUACAUUUGAAAAGUUUAUCAAAAGCAAGGUAUCUAAUAUGAGAAAUAGUUUUUUAAAAUAGUCUGUAAGAUAUGAUAACAAUUUUUUUAAUUAGUAAAAACUAUUUUAACAAUAACAAUAAUAGCUUUUGUAACAAUAAUAAUAAUAACAAUAAUAGAAUCAGCUAUAGUAAUAAUAACAAUAACAUUAAACUGAAUAAUAAAUAUAGCUUUGA